AUGUUAGCUGCAGUAGUGCAACGGCAACCGCCUAUUAUAGCUAUUUUCGUUGUCGGAAGCGUCGAAAAAACGGUGGAAAGCCAUGUUUUUGCUGUUACUAUUGAAAAACGGAACAAUAAAACACUACUAGACGUAAUUAAGAAGCAUGUGGCAACCGGCUCAAUCAUAUACACCGACCUCUGGAGGGGAUAUAAUGGAAUAGAGAAGAAGCUUGGAUUCCAGCAUAAUACUGUGAAUCACAGUAAAAGUUUCAAGGAUCCUACAACUGGAGUACACACAAACUCAAUUGAAGCAGAAUAUAGAAAAAAAGCUUCGGGAGUUUGCCUGGCGAUGGGCAAAUACGGUUUGGUUAACCUGCAUACAAGAAACAAUAUUCAGUUUGUUGAUCAUGAAGUCAAAGGUGGUAAUAAAGAAUCUUAUAUUGACUCCAUGAUAAUUGAAUCUUUUGAAUGCGGUAACAACAAGGGUAAAUCCGACGAGAAACCUAAUUGUGCUUGGAAGAAGGCGAAUAAGACCUUAAGAGAGCGACAGAAAAAUAAGGACCAUGAUUUACAAGAUAAUGAAGAGCAUAAUAAAUCGAUAAAAGAUACACAUUCUAUUUUCAAUUUGGUUGUUUCAUUUGAAAAUCUAAAUAAAUCUACGCUUCUUUCUCAACACAAUGAGAUAUUACAUUGGUCUAGUACGACUUUAGCUUCUGACGAACAACAAAUUACUACUGUAGAUAGGUCUGCAUUGAUUGGUAGAGAUGCUGGCUACACUAUCGAAUGGUGCGUAUUAGGCAACUCAAGAGGCGUUGGAGAGAAAAUGUCAAAUGCUUCCUCUCUGCAAAUGUGUGAAGUAAAAGCUCUACGCUUAUGUGUGGAUAAGUUAAUUCGGUUAAAAGAAACGUCCUCAUUACCGAAAAGCGAAAUUCUGUUAAUUAGCGACAGUAGUUAUUUGGUAGAAAGUGUAAAUACUCAUUUGAAUGUUUGGAGUAAGAAUGGAGCUGUUGUGUUUCAUAGAUACGAAGAUGGUUCAGAGAGACCCAUAGAAUACAUAUCCAAAGCGUUUAACGAUGCUCAAGUAAAGUAUAGUCAAAUAGAAAAAGAGUGCUGUGGAAUUGUAAAUGGAGUAAUAAGAAUUAAAGACUAUCUUUUGGGAAGAAUUUUUUUAUUGCAAACAGAUUCUAUGCCAUUGAAAUUGUUGUUGUCACCUGAUGCUUCGCUUCCAAAUGUAAUCCUUAGACGUAUUGAUAGAUGGAGUUGCCAGCUAAAAAGAUUAAACUUUUUCACGGAGUAUAUUGAUACGAAGGCUUUUGGUAAAGUUGAUGGAUUGUCUAGACUACCAUUAAAUGAAACUCAGCAAUUGAAAAAAAAUGAAUCCCAAGAUGCUACAAUAUUUGUAAUAGAAAAUUUACCAUUAAGCUUACAGAAGAUUAUUGAAGAAACUGCAAUUGGUUAA